AUGAGCAACCUCCAGGACAGUUGGGUCAAACACUUGCGGAAGUCAGAAGCUGCCGCGCGCAGAAUUACCUGUCCAGAAUGCAAGGCUGAGCUGGAUAGCAAUCUGGAGGACUUCAAGGCACACGUCCGCGACAAUGUCUCCGAGCAUGGUAAUCUGACGGGCGACGCCGCCAUUGCGGAUGCUUUUAAACGGAUCAACUUAAGAUCAACCAAGUCCGAACAACCCUCGAACAAACUAUCAAAGAAGAGACCGUCCGGCCCAGCUGCACUCGAGAGUGUCGACCACAGAGACACGAGCAUGAGCAACGAACGAGGGAACAAAAAGGUCUGCUCGCCGACUUCUUCUGACCACCAACACGCAUCUCCCAACAGCAAGCAUCCUGUCAAUAGGAGCCGUGCACGCCCAAAUGAUUUCGAUCGUUAUGGUUCGGGAGCUCGACCUGCCGGCCGCCUCUUCAACCCAGAGCAGGAUUCGACAGGUGCAGGUCGACAACCGAAAGGCAUUUUCCACACUUCCAAAGCUUCCCAGCAGCAGCGGGAGCAUCAACAGAAAAGGCAGUCCGAGACUCGCGGCCGGCAACAACCACCCCCUCCCCUCAAGGCUGAGGCUCAAGACAACGGCUCAACAAACCUCAUCAAUAGUCCGCACACGUCGAUCACCCCCCAGCCAGAAACGAAGCCGAUCUCUCAUGAACAAUUGGUGGCCGAAGUGAAGGGAAUCUAUGCCGGCUUGGUUAUGAUUGAAACGAAGUGUAUCGAGGUCGAUAAUUCCCAGUCCACAAGCCCAGAGCAAAAGUUGACAAAGGAUCAAUGGCAAGCCCUUAUCGCGCUCCAUCGUACACUCCUCCACGAGCACCACGACUUUUUUCUGGCCAGCCAACAUCCUGCAGCCAACGCUGCACUUCGACGCCUCGCAUCAAAGUAUGCUAUGCCUGCACGUAUGUGGAGACACGGCAUUCACUCAUUUCUGGAGCUGCUUCGUCGCAGACUCCCUGAUUCGUAUGAGUACAUGCUUACCUUCAUCUAUCUGGCAUAUGCAAUGAUGGCGUUGCUCUACGAGACUGUUCCUAAUUUCGAGGAUACAUGGGUUGAAUGUCUAGGAGAUCUUGCCAGAUACCGUAUGGCGAUUGAGGAUAAUGAUCUCAAGGAUCGCGAGACCUGGACAGGAGUCGCUCGCCAGUGGUACAGCUUCGCUUCGGAGAAGGCACCAUCAACUGGCCGACUCUACCACCAUCUUGCGAUCUUGGCCCGGCCGAAUGCUAUUCAACAACUGUACUUCUAUACGAAGUCUCUCUGUGUUAUCAUUCCAUUUCACAGUGCCAGGGAAAGUAUAAUGACUCUCUUCGAUCCGGUUCUCACCGCUGGUGCAGCGGCUCGCCUCCCUGCCAUUGAUGCUGCCUUUGUUCGUGUGCAUGGUAUCUUUUUCUCCAAGAAGAAUAAAGAACUCUUGGAUUCGUCUAUUGACGAAUAUUGUACGCUUUUGGAUCCUUACAUUGGCAAAGUGACGAAGAAAUUUCUCGAAGUCGGCUAUUACACCGGGAUCCCCCUAUGUUGUUCUCUCUUGGGCUACGGAGCGGAGGACAAUUUUAUCAUGAAAGUGAUCUCGCCACCCUCCGAAGAAGAGGAUACUCCAAGCUCCGAUGGCGCCGGCAGCAGUGUUAGCGCUGACGAGGCUGUUCCUGACGCGAUGUUCCCCAAGGCACGCGAUUUCGCAAUGAAUGUCUAUAAAAUAGUUGCUUUACGUUUCGGAGAUCCGAACACAUUGCCCUUUCUUCAUACUUUCCUAGCCUUUAUGUGGCAUAUGAGCAAAUUCCCUAUUGCCAUAACUCAUCUCGAGCGAGAGUUCCCAUGGCAUCUUACUGCAACAAUGCUCAACCAUACCUUCCAGUCCUGUGGCUUCGAGGCACGAAUGGAGAGUGAGGAGUUUCCGGGUGCUCUUAAGAAUGACACUCCUCGUCCUCUGCCAGAGGAUUUUGCGAUGAGGAGCUUGGUCUAUACGGAGGACUACCUACCAUCGCAGUGGUUUAAAGAUAGCAAGGUGGAGGAAGACGAAAAACAAUUCGAGUUGGCUUCAAUGGUCGACCAGCGAAAAGAGAGACUUCUUUGGCUGGGACGUAGGAUCGCAUCUACUGGAAGGUGGCUAACAUGGAACGACACUUCACGACGAUUCGGGGUAGCAGACGAGUGGGCUGAUCUAGAGGAUGCUGCAAGUACUUUCUCGGCGUUUGGCGAACGUAAUGAAUACAGCUGA